AUGACAGCACCGCGGGAAAAUCACCUGGUCCGACUGUACAUCCAGGUUAAGGCCGAUAAACAGCUCGAGCAAAUGGCACAGGACCACUCAGAGGAUACGCCCAGAGCGCUCAUUGAGGCCGCCCAAAGGUGGAUCAGUCCGUACAAGUUGCCCUACAAGCAUUGCGAUUGGUGGUCCAUAUACCCGGUUGGACAACGAAUGGUCAAGAAAUACAGAAUCAAGGAUAGGAAUUUCCUUGCGGGUGAUGCCGCCCACACCCACUCUCCCAAAGCCGGUCAAGGCAUGAAUGUGUCGAUGCAAGAUACCUAUAAUCUCGUCUGGAAGCUCGGGUCAGUCAUCACCGGAGUGGAGAUCCCAUCAUCCUCGACACAUACGACCCCGAACGGCGGCCAGUGGCCGCAGACCUCAUCGACAGGAGCCUAG